GCUGACGUAAAGCGGAGUGUUAGGGCGGAGAAUCAGAUUCUAUGUCACUUAAACGCUAAAACCCUAAUUCUCUCUUAAACCCUAAAAUUAUUCAUUGGAAGCGCCACUUGCCAAAUUUCACUCUUUCAACAUGCAAAUGCCCUUGAGAUGAGCCUCUCCAUCUUCCCCACUUUUAGUAUAUCUCAAAAAUCAAUGUUACCCACUUCUAUUUCAAGCAUGAAAUCCCUAAUUUCCCCUCCCUUUUCUCCCUUAAUUCUUCAUUUCCCCAAAACCAAACCUUUUGCCUUCUUCUCUUUACCCUCAAAACCCCCCAAUGUUUCGUACCCUAAAUUUCUCCACGCAAAACCUUCAAUGCCUUCGCCAAGAUCCCCGAUUUUUUCAAUCCCGAUUCGACAAUCGCAUAUAGAGACACCCCAAUCUUCUUUGCCGUGCGGUGAGGUCCACGUCAUCGUCGGACCCAUGUUUGCUGGCAAGACAACCACACUUCUCCACCGAAUCCAAGCUGAAAGCAACAAUGGCAGAACUGUGGCUGUAAUAAAAUCAAACAAGGAUACAAGGUAUGGAUUGGAUUCAAUUGUGACACAUGAUGGCAUGAAACUACCAUGUUGGGCAUUAGCAAAUUUAUCAUCAUUCAGACAAAAGAUUGGCCCCGAUGCUUAUGAUCAGCUUGAUGUCAUUGGCAUCGAUGAAGCUCAAUUCUUCGAAGACCUUUAUGACUUCUGCUGUGAAGCUGCGGAUCAUGAUUGCAAAACCGUGAUAGUAGCCGGGCUGGAUGGUGACUAUUUAAGAAGGAGCUUUGGAUCGGUGCUCAAUAUCAUUCCCCUUGCUAACUCCGUGACGAAGUUAACGGCUCGAUGUGAGCUUUGCGGAAAACGAGCUUUCUUUACCUUAAGGAAGACCGAUGAGACAGAAACGGAGUUGAUUGGUGGAGCCGAAGUUUACAUGCCGGUAUGCCGACAGCACUAUGUGGACGGGCAAGUUGUGAUUGGAGCUGCAAGAAGUGUGUUGGAAUCAAAGAAGCUUCAAUGUGGGACUUGCGCAUAGUUCUUUUGUUUAUCCUUGUUUAUGUGGCCCUUUAAAAAAAGGGUAAUUGGUAACAAUCUAUGUAUUGUGGAUGUAAAUGCAGUUUGGAAAUUUGCAUAAUGUAGCUUUCAUGACAUUUUUAUUUCUCUGUAAUGAAAAUGUGAUUUCUUGUCCUUUA